CCCUUGUAUCAUAGAGUUAUACCUCGAACGCUGAAGAAGCCGCCUCAGGAAGAAACAAGAGGGCCUCCAACUAUUUCAUCAUCCUUCUGUCAGUUCUGCGUCUGCAUAAAUAUCAAUCCCUGGCCCUCUUCUCCAUUUCAGUCUUGCUCUGCCGCUAAGAUUCUUCUAAAUCCGAGCCUUCGAACAUCAGAUAUGGCGCAAGAAGCCGGUAUGUUUACUGUAAAUCAAACUAUUGGUAGCGUUUUGUGCUGCAAAUGUGGAAUCUUGAUGCAGCCCAAUCCAGCUAAUAUGUGUACGAAAUGCUUGCGCUCUGAGGUGGAUAUCACUGAAGGUCUACAGAAGCAUGUGGUUAUUGUUCAUUGCCCCGAAUGUGAUAACUACCUGCAGCCUCCUAGAACUUGGAUCAAGGCUCAGUUGGAAUCAAAAGAGCUGCUUACGUUUUGUGUAAAGAGGUUGAAGAAUCUGAACAAGGUCCGGUUAGUACAUGCUGAGUUCAUCUGGACCGAGCCUCAUUCCAAAAGGAUCAAAGUUAAGCUGACGGUUCAGAAAGAGGUUCUAAACCGAGCGAUACUUGAGCAGUCUUACGUUGUGGAGUAUGUUGUACAUGAACAAAUGUGUGAAUCUUGUACGAGGGUUCAGGCCAACCCUGAUCAGUGGGUGGCUGCAGUGCAGCUACGCCAGCAUGUUUCUCACAGAAGGACUUUUUUCUACCUGGAGCAGCUAAUUCUUAAGCAUGAUGCUGCUGCACGUUGCAUAAGAAUUAAGCAGAUGGAUCAGGGGAUAGAUUUCUUCUUUUCCAACCGGAGUCAUGCUGUGAAGUUUGUGGAAUUUUUGGGUAAAGUUGCACCAGUUAGGUAUCGUAAUGAUAAACAACUGGUUUCCCAUGAUCCCAAAAGCAAUAAUUACAAUUACAAGUAUACCUUCUCUGUUGAAAUAUGCCCGAUUUGCCGUGAAGAUCUGAUCUGUCUCCCUCCAAAGGUUGCUGUUAGUUUGGGUAAUCUUGGUCCACUCGUCAUUUGCACUAAAAUUAGUAACAGCAUUGCUUUAAUGGACCCCUUCACUCUGAGGCACUGUUUCUUGGACGCUGAUCAGUAUUGGAGGGCAUCUUUCAAGUCUCUGCUUUCCAGCAGGCAGCUUGUAGAGUAUAUAGUAUUAGAUGUGGAGCCUGUUUCUUCUGAAGUUGUGGUUGGUGGCUCAAGGUAUGUUUUAGCUGAUGCACAAGUAGCUCGAGUAUCAGAUUUUGGGAAAAAUGACACAAUUUUCUCAGUAAGAACUCAUCUAGGCCACCUUUUGAGCCCUGGGGACAAUGCUCUUGGCUAUGACUUGUAUGCGGCCAAUAGCAAUGAUAUUGAACUAGACAAAUACAAAGGCCUUGUCCUCCCUGAAGUUGUAUUGAUUAAAAAGAGCUAUGAGGAGAAGCGCCAGAAGAAGCGUGGGAAGCCUCGUGCAUGGAAACUUAAAUCUCUUGAUAUGGAAGUUGAUAACACAGCUAAAGGCAGAGAUCAUGAAGAGAAGGUGAACUCAGAGUAUGAGCAGUUCCUGAGGGACCUGGAGGAAAACCCUGAGUUGAGGUUUAACGUAUCAUUGUACCGGAAUAAGGAAUACCAGCCAUCAGAAAUGGCAUCAGUGACUGAUGGGGAGGAAGUCCCAUCUGUUCCAUUAGAAGAGUUGCUUGCUGAUCUUGAAUUAAGUGACGUGGAAGUUGAUGAUGAUGGCAUGAUGGAGUGAAUUGUCUCCCUGAGUGAGGAGUUAUUACUUGCGUGUAGAAUAGAAUCUUGUAAUAUGUUGAUCUGAUCUUUCCUUUCUCCAAGUUUGGGUGCUUUUUAUCUUGUUAGCAGAAAAUUUCCCAGUUACUAGUAUUGCAUAAGAAAUUCCUUUUAUUUGCUUUCUGUUGUUUCUCAAUCCUGAGUAUUGGAAUUAUAUUUCAGCCUGAAUAUAUAGAAGGGACUUGCCUUUGAAUGUGAAUUUGUCUAGAGCUCGUCAAUUGCUAUUGUCUAUAGGUAGAAGAUUUUUGUAA